GCCACCACUCUGAUACCCCCGACCCAGCCUAGACCCUGUUUGUGCUUGUGUUGUGGGGUCGGAGGGGGUCUGUGUGAGUGAGUGUGUGUGUGCUCAUGUGGGGAGGGGCUGGCCCACCCAGGAUGUGGAUCAAGGUCACACCCAGGAACUUCCUGGCUGGUGGGAUGCCCCAAGAGCCACAGCUGCUCCAUCUUGCCGCAUCUGGCUCCCACCUUACAGGUUCUUUUUUCAGACCCAAGGACCACACGAAAGGGAGCCACAGCUUUCAGACUCUGGCCCAGGUCCACAAGUCUUGCCAGCACGACCUGGACACUGUGGAGGAGCUGCAAGAGACUCCGUGUCAAACAGAGCAGUCGGACUCCUCUGAAUGUCUUCCGACAGUCCAGGAGCCAAGCCAAACCAGUGAUUCAACAGAAACCAACAGCAAAGGUGCAGAAGAGACUGGAGAAUCAGCUUUUUUAUAUGCUGUUCCUCAGGGACAUGCACCCCCAGCAGGCGAGCUGGGGCUGUCAAAAACCAUUCAGGAUGCUGUAGGUCCUCCUGAGGACCUGGAGCUCACUCUACCGCUAAAGGGUCAGCUUGACACUGACCACUGUCCUGAAGGAGGACCCCAGACAGCUGUAUUCAUAGCACCUCUACUGGGGGAAGCAGGCCAGGGUAAUGAAGACUCAGGACAGCCUGCUGGGGGUGAGCUCACCCCACCCUUGCUGGGGGAGGCAGACCCAGACCCACCUCUCAUUGGAUGUCCUGAGGCUGCCACAAUGACACCACCACAGCAGGCAGAGCCAGGCCAGGGCCUGGAAGACUCAGGAGAGCCUGCUGGGGAUGAGCUCACCCCACCCCUGCUGGGGGAGUUAGAUCCAGACCCACCUCCUGCUGGAUGUCCUGAGGCUGCAGAGAAGAUAGUACCCCAGUAGUGGGGGGGGGCAGGCCCUGGCCCCAGAGCACAGGACAUGCUAAGCUCAGACCAGCCCUGAGGGAGCAACCUGGCCCUGGGCAACAUCCCUCAGGUUAGACAAGAAGGUGUAACCUCACAACAGCCCUGUCUAGGGAAGCAGCCACUGCAGGGAUCCUGCAGGAAAACCAGAGGGGGCUCCCCUGACACUACCCCUCAAAGGACCCAACCCUUUGCCCCACAUCCUGCCUGUGCCCCCUCCGGGAGAAGCUGACAACUCAAUGCCACUGCUUCCCAAACCCUUCCUCAACCACCUCCCAGCCACACGCCUUUGUUGAUCUUCAAACUCGCCUCUACCAACAAAGACCCAGUGCCGGGGACCAGCCUCCGGCAAAAUGUCGUGCCAGGGGUUCCUGAAAGGAUGAGACGGCCUUGGCAACUUGUUAAGCGACUGAAACUCAGGGGCUGAGGGGAAGGGGAUGAGGAAGAAUGAGGAGACACUGACACUUGGUGAGGUGCUAGUAUCUUCUGCCGAGAGACUCAGCAGGUCUUUAUUCAUUCAUUUUUAGUAAGCAGAAAAAAAUACAUUGUCAUGUGUAAAGCAGAAACAAUGAGUGUAUUUUAUUCCCAUGGACUACUGGCUCCUACGGGUCCCAGCUAGACGGUAGCCUUCAAGGUUAAUAGAUAAAAAUCCAGACCUAACACUAAAACUUAUUAUUUCAGCUAGACAAUUAUCUAAGACAGUGGAUAGUCGCCAGUGCAUCCCUAUCAGCUAAAGCCUAAGCAUCAAAAGACUAUUUCAUUCACAUGGCCUUCAGUCAGAGACCAGCUGCUACUCAGCUAUCUGAAUUUUUUCUACCU